GUUCACAUUGCAUUGAAAGUGUGAAUAGUUACAAGCAGCUGAAUGUAUUGCUCACAUGAACGAUAUCUUCCACCCACCUGCUGAGACCUAUUGUCGAUAAAUCUUCACUUUUUCAGAUUCUGCGAUGAUGGGCCUGGAAGAGAGGCUAUCCCCAAUCUUAAAGUUGCCGCCUCAGGUGGACUCUAUAUCCCGACCAUUUCGCACUCCUCAGUCCAUGUUAGAUUUCGAUUGAAUCAUUGUCUCUCAGCUUGAGUUCAUAACUGUCUGCUGCUUCAGUCAUCUUUAGGAGCGACCAAGGCUGUCAUAGGAUAGACAAUGGUGCGCCACAAUCCACACCGCACCCUGUCGUGCAGCGGGUUUAUCGUUCCAAGAUCUGCAUAAGUUCAAGAGUGAAUGACCAGUUAGCAAACCCGAAAUGCAGCAUUGUCCUGAUUGCACAAUUCGAAGGUGAAUAAAAGCAUGGAGUUACUUCAGCAGAUUUGUGUUCGCUACGCGUUACUCACAUGCAUGCUGCUGUUCUGUCCAUUUUCAUCUGCCGCACCCGCCAAUUUCGUAUUCGGUGAUUCCCUUGUUGACAUCGGCAACAACAACUUUCUCGUCUUGUCUCUGGCCAAGGCCAAUCUCUACCCGAACGGUAUUGAUCUCGGCAAUGGCGUUCCAACGGGCAGAUUCUGUAAUGGUCGCACUGUACCUGACAUAAUUUUUGAGAAACUGGGAGUCCCCAUUCCGAAGGAGUAUCUUAAUCCCACCACACGAGGUUCAGUGAUCCUCAAUGGCGUGAACUACGCCUCUGGUGCGGGGGGUAUCCUUGAUUCAACCGGGAGCAAUUACAUACAGAGACUGUCAUUCAACAAGCAGCUAUCAUAUUUCCAGAAGACCAAGGAAGAUAUUACCAACAUGAUUGGACCACAACGAACAGAAAAACUCUUGAACGACGCAAUAUUUGUCGUAGUGUUUGGAAGCAACGACUACAUAAACAACUACCUUCUAACAAACUCCGCCACGUCGCAGCAAUACACACCCUCAAAGUAUCAAGAUUUGCUCAUUUCAACUUUUCACGGGCAGCUAUCGACCUUGCACAACCUUGGAGCACGAAAGUUUGUGGUUACCGAUCUCGGCCCCCUCGGUUGCCUCCCAUCGCAGAUUGUGAGAAACAACACCGUCGGAACGUGCCUGGACUAUAUCAACGACUACGCCAAGAAUUACAACGCGGCACUCAAGCCGAUGUUGAACCAGCUGACCUCCGCACUUCCAGGUUCAAUAUUCUGCUACGGAGAAGUCAAUGCUGCGAUUCAACAAUUCAUAACAAACCGUCCAAACUACGGAUUCGACGUCAUAAACGCAGGAUGCUGUGGACUCGGCCCUUUGAAUGGGCAACUUGGGUGCCUUCCAGGCGCCAAUCUCUGCACCAAUCGUAUCAACCAUCUGUUCUGGGAUCCCUUCCACCCCACGGACAGCGCCAACGCGAUCCUGGCGGAGCGAUUCUUCUCUGGAGGCCCAGACGCCAUCAGUCCGUACAAUAUCCAACAGCUUGUAUCGAUGUAGAGUCUGACCUCUCAUUGUUCACGCCCAACAUGAAAAACUAGCAUCGAUCGCUUCCGCUUCUUCUAGAUCGGCCUUGUCACUAGAUAAAUCAGCGUCACUAGACACAAUUUCACCGCAACUCUUGCAUGUGGAUUCGAUGUGUGGGGACUCACAAAUCCUCAUCGAUCAUUCUUGAGCGACAUUGAUCUUCGGUGUCGGUGACUGCGCUUUCUGGUGAACCGAACUUCUUCGAAUAGUGCUCGGUUUCUAGAUUUUGAGAAUAAUGAACGGUUUAAAGAUCAUCUAACCUUCUUUUUUUCUUUUUUCUUUUUUUUGUUAUAUUGCUGUCUGUGGUCGUAGAAGCCUAUUCUUUAUUCUUUAGUUACUGAUCAGAAAGUAGUACAACCUUUUCGUAUUCGUUUGCGUAUGGAAUCGAAACAAUUACAUAGUUAAUGCGUGUUGAAAAAUGAGGAUUUUUUUGCCAAUUGUAUUGUUUUGAGUUUUAUAAAUUUAUCAAUAUGGUUUCUUGUGA